AUGGAAGCAAUUAACAUUGAAACUGCUCCCACAAAAAUUACUAAAUCCAAAACUGCUAGUGAACCUUUCUGGAAAUUAUUUAGAGGAAAAUAUCUUAUGACAUUUUCACUUUGUGCAGAUUGUCGUGACAAUGUCUUUAAAAAGAGUGACAAAGCAGUUCGAAAGGAUGAUAAGAUUGAAAUUAAAUUUGAUAUAUGUGAAGUUUGUUUCAAGAAGAAUUGCAAAACUACAGAUAUUUUAUCACCAUAUACGCCAAAGAUUAAAUAA